GCCGUAUGUAUUAUAAAUUGGUUUAGAGAGGCGCGGGGGAGGCGGCCUCUCGCUCGAUACCGGGCAGUCGUCUGUGGCUCGCGCGGAGGUUCGCGCCUCUCAAAAACUAUCGGGUUACGAAAAAUAAACACCCCCUAUACUGAUGCACCGAAGUUUCCGAAGUUCAAGUGUUAUGUAACAUGCGUGUAGUGUCUAUUUUGUUAUCUGUGGUGAUAUUGGAGUGAUACCGCUGGAACUUAGCGUAGGGGAUUUUGAACAUCGGCCAUUCACACCAAUGAAUGUUUAAAGAUGGCGUAGCGUAAUGGAGGGCGAGUGCACGGAGGAGGGCUGGCUGCUGGUACGAGUGCACGUGCCCGAGCUUAACGUGCAGAAGAGCCUGCAGUUCUCGCGCGACCAGCUCGUGUGGGACGUCAAGCAGCAGUGCCUCGCCGCCUUGCCUAAGGUGGCCACCUGGUAUCGGGAAUUAAAAGAGAGCUUUAACUAUGGUCUGUUCUGCCCGCCGGUCAACGGCAAGGCCGGCAAGUUCCUUGAUGAAGAGCGCCGCCUCGGAGACUACCCCUUCAACGGACCCGUCGGAUACCUUGAGUUGAAAUACAAGAGGCGGGUGUACAAGAUGCUGAAACUGGACGAGAAGACGAUGAAGGCGCUGCACUCGAGGGCGAACCUACGAAGGUUCCUGGAGCACGUGACGCACGGACAGAUAGACAAGAUUACCAAGGCCUGCGCUAAAGGACUCGAUCCUAACUUCCACUGUCAAGACACGGGCGAAACGCCUCUAACAGUGGCAGCCGGCCUAAAGUCUCCCGCCAAAGUAUUAAUAGCCCUUGUAAAUGGUGGAGCCCUUCUCGACUAUCGGACUAAAGACGGCAGCACGGCAAUACAUCGAGCAGUAGAAAAGAACUCCUUAGAAGCAGUCAAAACUUUACUGGAACUUGGUGCAUCACCUAACUACAAAGACGGCAAAGGAUUAACGCCCUUAUAUCUAUCAGUUACGAAUAAAACAGACCCAUUGUUGUGUGAAACGUUACUUCAUGAUCAUGCAACGAUUGGGGCCACUGAUUUGCAAGGAUGGCAGGAAGUGCAUCAGGCGUGUCGAAACGGCUUAGUCCAGCAUCUCGACCACCUCCUCUUCUACGGGGCAGACAUGAACGGAAGGAACGCUUCAGGCAACACCCCGCUACAUGUAUGCGCCGUCAACGCGCAGGACUCUUGCGCGAGACAACUGCUCUUCAGGGGCUGCGAUAAGGAGUCGCUGAACUUCGCUAAUCAGACACCUUACCAGGUUGCAGUAAUAGCCGGAAAUUUAGAAUUAGCGGAGGUGAUAAAAAAUUACAAAUCGGAGGAAGUUGUGCCGUUCCGCGGGCCGCCACGAUACAACCCGAAGAGACGAUCCGCCGCGUGGGGAGGCUGGUGGAACGCUGGAGACCGAUCUUCCUUGGCCUCCUCCACGAGAAUCCCAGCGGAACUGGAUGCCAUAUUGCGAAGGCCGCAAGGGUCAACGAACUCCCCCUGCAGCCUGGAAAGACCAUUUUCCUCCGCCUCUUCAAGUAUUAGCGACGCGUCACAUCCGAGCCACGAAGACGACGCGAGCAUACUAACAGAUAAGAGCGCGGGCGACACCAGCGACAUCAUCUCGGACUCGUCGGGCGUGGGCACCAGCAACUCCGACACCACCACGUGCUCGCUGCAGGCCGCCGCCACCGUGGUGUGCCUCACGCCCUACGAGCCGCCCGCCGCCGCGCAGGCGCACGGACACCUGCGGCUCAAUCAAGGAGACAUCAUCGAAGUGACCGGCGCAACAGACGACGGGUACCUGGAGGGCUCAGUGCGAGGUGGUGCCAGCGGCCUGUUCCCCUCGCACUGCGUGCAAGAGGUGCGGUUGCGACAGAACGCACAUUUACACCAGGUGCUAUCGUCAGGACCAAUCCACCACUCGCGAGUCACCGGCAGACGGGAAAUGGCCCUCAGCAAAACAUACAGUGCUACAGCUCCUAGGAUUAAGAAAUCAUAUGGUAACAUGGAAACUCGAACCGUGGUCCUCCACCGAGCGCGGCGAGGUUUCGGCUUCGUCCUGCGCGGCGCCAAAGCCUCAUCACCCCUCAUGGAGUUACGGCCUUCGGAGCGAUGUCCCGCGCUGCAGUACCUCGACGACGUGGAUGCGGGCGGCGUGGCUGACCGGGCAGGCCUGAAAAAAGGAGACUUUCUUGUUGCGAUCAACGGCGAAGACGUAUCGGCGGCGUCGCACGAGCACGUGGUGGAGCUCAUCCGCAGCUCUGGCGCCCUGGUCUCCAUGACCGUCGUCUCGCUGCAUGGCCACAUGAGUAACGAGAACAACACAUGUACGGUGCCGACGAGUAAAUCACAAAACCAACUGUCGAGCUCCGGCCGCCCCUACGCCGCUACCUUACCGAGAAAAGCCGCUGGCGGUCGGAGUCCUGCGCCCGCGCCGCCACGCCGCGAUCCGCGCACCACACUGAGCGUGGGUCGCGCUAGAGCCAAAUCUAUGGUUGCUGGGCUAGAAAAUGGCGGUGAGAAGGAGGAAAGUUGUGAACCUUUGAGCGUGGCCGGCAAGUCGUCGUCCGCCGAGUCCGUGCAACUACAUGGCGGCAGCAACAGCGGGACGCCGAUGUCCGGCACGCCGGUGGCGCCGCGGACCGCAUCCAUACGCGCGCGGCCGGUGUCCGGCCGCAUCACCGCCGCCGAGCUCGAGGAGCUGUUCCAGCGACAGGCCGAUGUGGAUAACACGAGCAGUAUUGGUGCUAUGAUGACGAGGUCCGCAUUCCAAAGCGGUACCGGACCAUCCCCGCCCUGCUCGCCCGCCAGACCUCCGGGAAAAGUGUACGCUUCUGUGGCAGAGAUGAAAAGGACUAAAGGCAAAUUCUGGAGCAAAUCCACGGGUUCUCUCCGACGCGACUUCCACUCGACGCCCGACCUGGCGGCCGAGCUGGCCGCGCAUCCGCCGAGGACGCGAUCCAGCGAAGAUGUGCAUGGGUCACAACGAGGGCCACCCCCCGCCGAGGCACCUCCCCCGCCGCCCGAUGCGCCCGCGUCCUCGUUCCGGCCCGCGGCAGCCGCCAAGCUGUACGCGUCGCCGCGAGACCUGGCCGCCGUUGCGUACCGCCCCGCUAACAACAACGAGCACACGGUGCGCAAGGCGGGCCCGCUGCGCUCGUGGUCGGGGCCGGCGCGCGCGCACUCGGCGGACGACGCGUCGCACCAGUACGCGCAGCCCAUCAACUUGCACAAGGGAUUCGUGCGACAGAACUCGACGCCAGCGCCCCCUAUCCCGGAGCCCGACUACAGCAUGUCGGAGUCGGACGACGACGCGGCGCCCAAGCCCAAGAGCGAGCCUGCGCCCGUCGCCGAGACCAGCGCCAACAGUAACACCAGCGGCAGCAGCACCGGUUCGAGUUCAAUGCAGCAUUCAUUCUCCGUGGACGAGAUCCAAAAGAUCCGAACGCGGCUCAAAUCAUCCAAAUCCUGCGGCGACGAACUGGGCGGAGUCGAACGAGACGACGGCGACAACUCGUCAUCUGGAGUCUCCUCAGACCAAGAAGCCCAAGCGAGACCACCCAGACGAGACAAGGUCUCCUUCUGUGCUUCUGUAACAGUCAAGUCCUCAAACGACGUCAUCAGCACGGAACCAGUACAUAGUUCUUCGGAAAGCUUAGCAACUCCCCCACCGCCGAUGCAACGACACAAUUCCCUAACCCGGAAAAGGGCGACUGCAGCGCUUUUGAGAGGGAGCGUCGGAGGCGCUAGAGGUAGAUCGGCCGCGGAAAGACUAGGUGUAGAUAUUGAUAAGGCUCCCGGAAGGCGAGGCAGGGCGGCCGUGUCGCUCGCCGAGCUUCCCCCGCCUCCUGAAGAACCCGCUCCUUUGCCCGGGGAUGGAACCGCUCCCGUCUUAGCCCCACCUCCUCAAUUCAGCGACCGCGUGAGAGUGGUUGCCGCUCUGCCCAAACUAGCCCACCUGCAAUGAGCUGGCAACCCUGAAUCGUCCGGAAACUCCGAUACGAUGAUUACACCCUCCGAACUUCCUUCUUAGGCCAUUUUAUAGUACCAUUGUGGGUAUUAUGUACUAAUUUUUUACUGGAUCUCGCUCUCGAUAGUAAAGAUGCCUUUCUUCUAGGGGUUUACUUCGCAAACUAUCUUCGCAAAAUUUGCAAGGAUGACAAGAGACAGAUGUUUUGAUAGCUCUGGUAGAAAAAUUACUUAGGCGAAGGGUUACUUUGAAUAUUUUUCUACCAGAACUAUAAAGAAUUAUACAUCUAAUUGGUGGGUUAAACGCACAUUCCUUACAAUGAAUCUCUCACAUCCCUUGUGGAAAGGCAACCUAAGGAUAACUGUCCAUCAGAGUAUGUGAAGGAGAUAAGCCCUGAGAAACAUUCAAUAAAAAGCUGUUUAGAGAAAAUUAGUCUUAUUGGUUGAUCUUUUUCUCUUAGUCCAUUGCGUAUUUUCCUAGCAUCUCUGAUGGCAGUAAUCUCAUGGUAUCUAUUGCAUUUUAUCGAUCAUGAAAUACUAUGUAACGAAAGCAAAUAAAUCAUUAAUUAAAUUUCAUCACAUUGUAGAAGUAAGAGGUGUGAUUGUAAUAUGUUAUGAAAGUUGGCAUAGAAGAUUAGGGUACUAAAAAUGUGUAUAUUAUAUAUCCCGGGUAUAAAAUUAGUAUGAAAUGUCUAUGUAACGGUGCACCUUAGUAGACCAAAUGACCAGAAAUUGGCUUUAAGUUUAAUAUGAAAUCAACAUUCCAGAUUUAGAAAUUAAUGUGUGUAACAUAAAGUAACUAUUGAUUUAUGUGUAAUCGACUGCAUACUAUCGGAUAAUUCGGGCGAUGUUUAUAAAUAGAACUGAUAGGUAGUACUUACCAUUCAUAGACGAAAUAGAUACCUUCAAAUCAAGCUCACUUGAAGUCUAGUGCCAAAUUUAAAACACUAAGGCUGAGAUCUAUACUGCGUACUUUGACUUUUAAAACGAGACAGAAGUAUGUCUUUUACAUAAAUCUGUCUCGUUUCAGCUCUUAAGUCAGCAGCCAAAGUAGGUAAGUAGCAUAUGCUUUAUAGAUCUCUUCCUAAGACCUGAAUUGUCGCAUCAAAGCUUGGACUGAAUAGGCGCCGUCACUUAGCGGCUGCUAUAUAUACUCGUAGAUAAAUGACGUCGCUAAAAAUAACAUGGUUUCUUAAAAAGUGUUUUUUGACGUCGUUACGUCGUUGUCAAAGAAUGUUUUAUCUCUUGUUUCCGUCAAAUUGCGGCCGUUAUGUGACGACACCGAUAUAGUAGGAUAAUAGAGCCUAGAGCUUUACUGUGUCAAUAGGGCACUCGUAAACAAUUGUCUCGUAAACAAUUGUUUACGAGUAAAUACAAUUUUCACGACAUCUGUAUAUCUAAAUAAUUCUGGAUGUAAAUUAUUCGAUGCACCGAUAUAGAAUUUAUCCUGUGAGCUAUAUUUGACGGACGUUGAUAUUAACUUAUGAGCCGUAGUAUAAAUUUUCACUUUUCGGACACUCGCGUAGGGUAAGCGUGAAUUGUGACACACAGUUCAUUUGCGGAAGAGAAAGCGUGAAAUAUAAACUUUUGUAAUCAAAUGACUAAAUGAAACCAAAGAUUUAUAGUAUUUAUUGUUGAGGAGUUAACAUUGAUAUAGUUGAAGCUAAUUUUUAUACAUUCCCUUAUUAACUAUAGUAUUAUGAUUAUAUAUUAUAAUUAAUAUUCAAUAUUUAUGUCCUCUGAAACUAAUCAAUUGGAUAUAUACGGGGUUACCGAAAAAUAUAAUGCUUGGAUUUCGCUGUAUGCAACAUUCGCCAUUUCUGCAUACCAUAAAACAAACAAAACUUUUCUUUGCACGAUUAAAUCUCUUGACAACUACCCGCACUUUUUAUAAAAAGGGAAGCAACGCCAUCUUUUCAAGAGUUUACAAUAAUAUAAUUGAUACCUACCUAUAAGAAUAUUUCGCGCGAAAUCCUGGCUUUUUCGAUGAUUCUAUAGGAAAUAUAUUAUAAUAUAGUUUUAUGUUAAUCUCUCUGAUGUGUCAAACUAAUUUCCACUGUUGCUAGAGAUGUACUUAUUUUCAAAUUCUAUUUUAUCCCCCUACCUUUUAAAACGCAACCAAGUGCCAUCGUGUCUAUGAUUUUAUAAUAUUUUUUAUAUACAUAAUAAUAUAAUAUUAUAUUUUGUAAAUAGUUUUACGAGAGCUAUUUGAAACUGUUAAAAAGAGUGGACUAUGUAUAUACAAAAAAUAUAUCCGGCCAGCAAAAACGAUAUAUUAUUACGAUAUUAUGAUAAAAUAUAUGGUUAUAAUCGAAGUAUAUUAUAUGUUUUAAAAGGAAAGUUGAUUUAUUAAUUUGUUUCAUUCGUCCAUGAAUAUCGAGAGGUCCACUCUUUUGACGCUAUAUAUUGAAAAUCAUGCACCUCAUACCUACGAGGUGCAAGCCGGCAACUUGAAUGUGUUCUCACUAAACUUAGUGCUCAUUCAAUGCUUUAGUGCGUCAUCCGUUCCAUUAUAGUGUAUAUUUAUAAAUUAGUUCUUUUCUAUCGUAGCCUGAUUUCAAACAGCCAUUGGGUGAAUGAAGGAUUCUAUCAAAGACUGUAGGUACCUACUUACAUUUUACGUACGAGGAUGUAAAGAAAACGUUAAAUCUAUUUUCUGACCAUCUCGGCGCCACUUUAUUAACGUUUAUUGCUAAUGAAAAAGUAUCCAAAUAGCUGUGUGAAAUCAUGUUACAAGAUCGGAAGAAAUCUUACGAAUUUUAACACCAAUAUUAAAUUUUUUGUACUCCAGUUAUUUGCAUCUUGCGUAGGUUUAGAAAGCGUGCUGCGAAAUCGAAAUACUGAGAAAUGGACGUGUUGAGUCAAUUUUCUUCUUGAAAGUUUACAAAACUGUCCUUUGGCGUGGGAUGAGCAUCCUCGCCAUAAAAUUUUAUUUCCAAUAGCCUAAAAAUCUGUAGACUUUGGUAGCUUUAAUGAAUAGAAUCGCCGACUAAUGACUUUAACGGAAAUCUUAUUGGUGUGAUCGGUAUAAAAUGGAGUUGUUAUCGCGCGCAGCUAGGUUUUCUUAGUUAAGAGCAAACACUGCCUAUCGGCCACUGAAAUGCAGCCUAAAACGCAGCUAUUGUAAUCUAGCGCUUAUUUCAAAGAGCUAAAGUCCAUUUCGAAGGCCUGGAUGUAUUGCAAUCGAAACGUCGACUCGGUGGCGAUAGAAUUUAGGAAUUGCCUCUGGAUGGAAUUAUCGUUUAGAUACAUAAUAUUCUAGAUGAGUACACACAAGGUUGGGUGGAUUUUACCUAUUCAUUUUUUAACUUCACUUUUUGAUAACUCUUAUACAGUAUUUAAGGUUUAGCGAGGAAUUAGACAUAAGACUGCGGUUGAAUGGUUUAAAAUUUUUGUAACUUUCAUAGACUUAACGUGAGAAUUGACAUCUAGGGUAACUUAGACGACGUAGACGCUCCAUCCUCGUGUGUACUCACUACUCAGGGUAAUGUUAGCCAAAUUCUAGCUAAUUACUAACUAGCUCGAGUCGAGUCUCUUAGCGGGUUGCCGUAGAGCCCAUAUAUUAGCACAAUCAAAUAAUUUCUAUUAAUUAUUAUUAUUAUCGAUGUAUUAUUAUGAGUUUACUCUUCUUGUCAUUAAUUUAAGUUGUAUAAAUGUAUUGUCUACUUAAGGCAUAGAUAGGUAGUGGUAAUUAUAUUAGGGCAAUAUGAUGAUUCUAGAAUAACCAAGUGGAAAAGUCGAAGGGAACGUCUUGGCAUAACGCUAAGUUUUUACUUCAGGAGUCGAAUUGAAUUCUUA